CCCGCCGUUGAGGCGUGCGACGACGGCGCGGCGCAGGGCGGUAAACAAGAUGGCGGCGGCGUGUCGGUCUAGGAAAGGGGAGGCGGCUGGCGGCGUCCGCGAGUGAGGCGCGCGGAGGGUGGUGCCGGCUUGAGUCUUCCCUCGCGGACAGCAUCUUUCUGCCUGGAGUUCGAUUCCCCCCUCGCCGCUCCGGCCUCCUGCCUGUCGCGCGGCGGCUUGGCGGCGAGGGGGACGCGCCGCCCGGGGUGUUUUCCCCCACCGGUCUCCGGAAGAUCCCCUGCCCCGACUCCUGCGGCCUGCGGGUGUGCCGGUACCCAGCGUCCGGGCGGAGGUCGCGCCCCGGGCAGUCGCGGAACUAAGGGGCCGCGCGGGGCGCCGGCGCGGGCCGGACAUGGACGGCGCGGACCGGCCCCGGCGCUGCCGCCUUGGGCGCCCGGGCUCGGGGCCCGAGUGGCGACCAUGACCUAGCGGCCCGCGCGCCGCGACGGCGGACCGUCGCCUCCGUCGGAAGCAGCGUCCCCGGGGGCCCGAAUUCGGGGGACGCGAGGGUUGGGGGGCCUCGUUGCUUUUUUCAUUCUCUUAUUUUUUCCCCUCGAGUGUCUAGAAGAGAGGGGGGAUCAAAAGUGGAGAAUUGGCGCCCACGAAGGGGACGUGGACCCGGCCGAGGGGACCGGGGGGGUGGGGAGGCCGGUGUGCUGUUCUUUUCCCUUUUUCUUUCUUGAACGUUUGGAAGAAGCGGCGGGUGGGGGGUGGGAUUCGAACUCGCCAAGAAUUGGCUUCCCCGGAGGGGACGAGGACAAAGACUGGGCCAGGAUGGACGUGGCGGACCCCCAGCCGCUGGGACUGUUCCCCGAGGGCGAGCUGAUGUCGGUGGGCAUGGACACCUUCAUCCACCGCAUCGACUCCACCGAGGUGAUCUACCAGCCGCGCCGCAAGCGCGCCAAGCUCAUCGGCAAGUACCUGAUGGGGGACCUGCUCGGGGAGGGCUCGUACGGCAAGGUGAAGGAGGUGCUGGACUCCGAGACCCUGUGCCGCAGGGCCGUCAAGAUCCUCAAGAAGAAGAAGCUGCGCAGGAUCCCCAAUGGCGAGGCCAACGUCAAGAAGGAGAUCCAGCUGCUGCGGCGGCUGCGGCACCGGAAUGUGAUUCAGCUGGUGGACGUGCUGUACAAUGAGGAGAAGCAGAAGAUGUAUAUGGUGAUGGAGUACUGCGUGUGUGGCAUGCAGGAGAUGCUGGACAGUGUGCCGGAGAAGCGCUUCCCCGUGUGCCAGGCCCAUGGGUACUUCCGCCAGCUGAUUGACGGCCUGGAGUACCUACACAGCCAGGGCAUUGUGCACAAGGACAUCAAGCCGGGCAACCUGCUGCUCACCACCAACGGCACGCUCAAGAUCUCCGACCUGGGUGUUGCCGAGGCCCUGCACCCUUUCGCUGUGGACGACACCUGCCGGACAAGCCAGGGCUCCCCGGCCUUCCAGCCACCCGAGAUCGCCAACGGACUUGACACCUUCUCAGGUUUCAAAGUGGACAUCUGGUCAGCUGGGGUCACACUCUACAACAUCACCACGGGCCUGUACCCAUUCGAGGGAGACAAUAUCUACAAGCUGUUUGAGAACAUCGGGAGAGGGGACUUCACCAUCCCGUGUGACUGUGGCCCACCACUUUCUGACCUGCUCCGAGGGAUGCUGGAGUAUGAACCAGCCAAGAGGUUCUCCAUCCGACAGAUCAGGCAGCACAGCUGGUUCCGGAAGAAACACCCGCUGGCUGAGGCGCUAGUGCCCAUCCCCCCGAGCCCAGACACUAAAGACCGUUGGCGCAGUAUGACAGUGGUGCCCUACCUGGAGGACUUGCAUGGCCAUGCCGAUGAGGACGAGGACGAGGACUUGUUUGACAUUGAGGAUGGCAUCAUCUACACCCAGGACUUCACGGUGCCUGGUGUCGGAGAGGCGUCCGAGGCAGGGCUUAGCGAGGAUGCAUGCGCCACAUGCAUGUGGAAGAGCCAGGGCGCAGGCCUUCCUGGAGAGGAGGCCGAGGAGGGGCUUGAGGCCUUAGUGUAGCUCCCUGGCUGCUGCCCUGCCCAUGUCCUCCAUAAAGCUCUGUCCACUGUGUCUGCAGGUGGAUGCUUGCCGCGACUGCCCUUCCCUGUCACCACCCUGGCAGGCUUCCCACCAGGGGUCACACCCAGGGCCAAGGCCUGAACCAGGCCCUCAGCACCAAGGCCACCGCUGGCUAGGGCUCUCAGGCCCUUGUCCUUGUGCCCCUUAGGCCAGCCCUACUGAGAGGCAGCUGCUGGCCCUUCAGACAGUUGUGUGUAUGGGAGGGUGAGGCCCUGGGCCUGCUGGUAUCCCUGUAGCAUUUGAGGGUUCUGGAAGCAGUGUCUGCUGGGUGCCAGCUGGACCCUGGUGUCCAGUGUGGCCUUGGCCCUGUCACUGGAGCCUUUGCGGGAAUGUUCUCCACAGGCUGGGCCCUCAGCUGAGGGCUGUCACCUGUAGGGCUCCGUGUGGGCUCCUCGCUGGGGGCGCUGUGCACUUAGGACACUGACUUCAUCUUGGGGACCCCUGGGGCCACAGGGAGGGGUCUGGGGACACUGCCUUGUGUCUGGGUGGCCUUGGGGCCCAUGUCUCCUGGGAUGGUGCUAUACAGACAGUGCUGCAAGUACACGGCAGUACUCUCUGGACUGCCUCUGCUCCUGGCGUGAGGGUUAUGCUCUCAGCAGCCGAGCAAGGGGGCCUCGUACUACCCGGUGCCUGGUGGGAGGGCUUUCCUGCUGCAGGGCCCACCUCACGCCUCAGGCCAGCCCGGAGUGAGGGCCAGGGUGGGUGCUGCCAGUUUGGGCCGAAUCAGAGGUUUGGGGAGAGGGACUCUGGAUCCAAGAGCACAGGUGGGGGCCUCCGUGGGGUUCCCAUUGCUAUACACCUGGAGGCUGAGGAGCUUCAGGAGAGGUGACCUAUCCCCACCGUGAAGGACGGCCAGCAGAGCAAGCUAGGCCUGUAGCCCCCAGCUGGACGUUCUCCCCGUGCUCAGCACAGCUAGUAGCCCCCAGCUGAGUGCAUCAUCUCCAUGGACCUGUUGUGGGCCUAGAGCCUGGCUCACUUGGAAAGCUCUGUGAGCUGGUGCUUGGGCUGCCCAGGCUAGACAGGCAGGUGAGCAUGGGCAUGCUGCCGGGGGGCCAGGGCAGACCAUUGGAAAGGCGGGGCCUGGCCAGACAGGCCUUUGGAGCCCCUGAGGGACAGCGCUGGAGGUCAGAAAGCCUAGCCUGACCCGCCUCUGGUGCAGUGGGGGCUGGCUGGGCCUGGGGCUUAGGGUUGCUUGUCCCUCAGCUGAAGCCAUGCCUGCCAUCUUC